AUGAACAUAUCUAUACCACAUGAUGAACGACAAGUGUACGUAUGUGAGAUCUGUCAUGACAAUGAUGUUUCCAAAAGUCUAUCGUCUAGAAAAAAAAAGUACUACUGUGCAUCAUGUAUCAACUUCUCGUUACUCAAAUUGAAGCUCAAGACUCUGACUACGGUGUAUUACAAUUCAAGAGCAGGUCACGAAGUAGGACAGGUAUUGGAGGAUUGUCUUGAUAACAAUGCUUCAGUGUCGCUAAAGAAGUAUUUGAACGGAAGCGAAGAUAGGAGGAAUGACAAAGAUCAGUUAUUAGGAAAGCUUGUGCCAUCCAUUGACUCGGUGGCUCGAUUAGCGUAUGUUUUGUUGAAUGUGGAGAAUAUUGAACAGAAAAAGAGACUAGAUCGAUUGAAAGAAAUGGUGGAAGAGCAGACAACAAGUAACAAGCUUAUGAGAGAUAAGAUAAGUGAUCUCAGACGUCAACUGGAGGAGAAAAGGCAAUGUAUCAAUGAAAAAACGAAGCAAUUAAAUGCAGAGCAUAAAGAAAGCUUAUCACAGGUCGCCAGUUCCUUUGAAGAGACUAAUCAUAUGGUUUUUCGGCAAAGGGCUCUGGUAGAUAGCGCAAAAUUGGACUUGAUGGCCGACAUCAUAAAAUUGUGGAACAUUCAAUUGCUUAGAGCGUCUUCUGGAAUCUCUGUAUCAAUACUGGGAUUACCUGUUCUUUCUAUCGAUAAGCUCAUUUAUUGCUCCGUCCCUUUGAUAAAUGCAUGUAUGGAGAGAUUGAUGUGGUUUGUUCUAUUAGGGGCAAAGUAUUUAUCACUACAGCUUCCAUUCUGUCUGAUACUCGAAGAUGGUUGGCCCAAAAUUGUAUGGAACGGAACUACAUAUUCAGUCAGUCUACCCCUAACUAGCAAGAGAAUAGGUGAACCCUUGGGUUCCCUUAUGGAGGUGAAUCAGGGUCAAUUGAAACGGUUCGCCUUGAGCUUGGCGAUGGUUAUAGCCGAUUUGAUACGGGUCGUUAACACCGUUGAUCCUUCAUUCAGCCUUCAAUCGUCUUCCGGGCUGCGGAUGUCGAAUUUUAUGCAUACCGAUGAAAUGGUGGCGGUAAUUUUGAAGCAGUUGGAGUGGCUGAAAGAUCGCCGUAGGCUGAUUAGAGAAGAAAAGCAUGCUCAGAGCAGGCAGUUGCUCUUAUUGAAACGAAUGCUCGGUGAUCGAUUGUCACCAAAGCCUAGCAUAUGGUUAUUUUGGAGAAAGCAUGGUGCAAUGAAUGCUGCUCAGGAUACAGCACAGAAUCAUUCCACCUUAGCACCGAUCAAAACAGUCUACGAUCCUCUUUGCGACAUGCUGAUGAGGACCCAAAAGGUUAGUCUCAUCGAUCGGCUCUCAAAAACGGCAUGGAAUGAUGAUCUGGCCAAUAGCAUGAAGUCAAUUGCAUCCCUGGUAUACUUGCAGGAGGAUAUCAGAGUUUUGGGAAAUUCUCUCUACAACUAUAUAGUGUCUGAAAUUGUCAAAGCUGUGGAAUCUUACAGCAUGAUCAAUACGACAACCCUGAUGGAUUCCUCUACCUCCUCUGGAUAUCAGCAGAUAAGUAUACCACAACUGAGGCAUAGUGACAGCAGUGCUGUUAUGCGCAAACAUGCUCUACAGACCAAUCGUAAAGUUGCAAACAAAGCUAGCAACGACAACUGGGAAAUGAUAGGGGAUAAUAAUAUAUAA